AUGAAAGAACAAAAAAAUCGUAAAGAUUAUUGGUUACAUGAAGACAUCAUAGUCAAAAUAAUAACUUCAAAACUUGGUGAAAAAUGUUAUAAAAAGAAAGGUGUUAUUACUAAAGUUGAAAAUCGUUAUCAAGCUGUUGUUAAAAUGCUUGAUACAAAUGAUAAAAUACGUGUUGAUCAAGCACAUGUAGAAACUGUUAUUCCCGCUAUUGGAAAGAAUGUCUUGAUUGUAAAUGGCGCAUAUCGUGGCGAAGAAGCAACAUUAGAAGAUAUACAUCAAGAUACAUUUUCUGUGGAUGUGACUAUACUAACGGGUUCAAUGGUUGGUACUCGAUUCAAUAAUAUUGCAUAUGAAGAUGUUUCAAAAUUGGCCGAUUAA